CGACGUCGGAGGAGAUGUGGAAAACUGAGUACCCGACUCUUCUGAAGCUCUCCACUUUCCACCCGAUAAGCUACCAACACUGCAGACAUGUCUUCUGGGACGCUGCGCCGACUGGUGCUGAGUGCCACCGGAGAUGCCUCGCCGGCCGCUGCCUUGGCAUUACCACGCCGUACGAUUCCGUCCUUGAGCUCAAGCUUGACCUCGUGUCCUCCAUCGACAAGACAAAGUGGAGCUGCUCCGCUACAGCUGCGCUGCUUCCACCCCACCCCUGCCACCAGGCUGUAUAUCCCCAACGAAGUUGUAUUUGCGCUCGCAGGUGGUGGAAUACUGCUCGCCCGAUUUCUACUCAAACGCGUCAAUAUCGUGAUCGCAAGAACCGGUCCCGGAUCCAUGACUUUCCCGCCGAUCUCCUGGGUUAGAUCUUGUGACCAAAAGACGCGCCACGAGGUCGCAACAAUCGUGACUGCGGGCUUCGACAUGGCAAUGCGGAAACCGACACGGCUCCGAGACCAGGCGUACAGAGAAGCCAGCUUCCAGGUUCCACAUGAGAUUGCCAGGCUCAACACGGCAGCCCCGCGCUUCAAAAUCGAGGAAAUGGCGCCCUUGACGUGUGUCCGUAAGGAAUUGGGGCGCUUGCGAAGAGGUGACCCCGACCUAGAGUUUUCAUUCGAUAUCGAAAAGGACGCGCAGCUCUUCCUGUAUUUUCCAAACGACUCGCCCAAAGCAGCGGCCGCGUUCCUGGCUAUCAACACUAAAUUUGACACUCGGGUCAGGAAUUCCGAGGUGCCGCCUACUGAUGAGCAGGCUCGUUUGCUCGCCUACGGUAUGGCCCUCUUUAAAUUGCAAUGUAGGCACUGGGCGGAUAAACGCCCUGAGAUCUUGCGCCGCAUUGGGCCAGCUCUGCUGCCAGUCAUCAUCAGCUUCCGCGGAACGGCCUGCGGGCUUUUGUAUGACAUGCGCAGUGGACGUCUGGUGAGAUCAGGCUCUGAUACAGCGUCCAUAGUGAAUUUCGAUCAAAACAGGCGAUAAGUCAUUAUCGUGGAAGCUAAACCUGGGAACCUCUCCCAAAAGCGGGCUGGGGAUCUCCGCUUACGAUCAACAUCGGUAUCAUGAACGUAGGUCACUCAAGGGGUUAGAAGGUUCUCAGUUAGGUCUUUUCAUGUUUUUUCAACUGAAGCCGUUUUAGUUUGGUGAAAUUGGGAAGUUUGAGAUUCAAACACCAGUUCUUAGGAUCUCUGCGCUUGAGAGAACCGGGUAUGAGUAGCGGAAGUGUAUUAUACCACGCCCCUUCGGCUGUCCGUAC